CCAGGGUAUUACUACUACUAACGUCCCACUUCCCUGCAACCCCAGUCGGAGCUCGUAAUCUUUAUCGUCGCCGGUUUGCCGGAUUACGGUUGUCAUGCCGGUGUAAGCCGUCGUUCAGAAAUUGACGACACUUUGUAAAAAUACAAGUGUCUAUAAGGACUAGGGUUUAGUAUUUCAAAAUGAAUUUACAAAUGCAGAGUAUCAAUCCGUGGUUUAGCAACGUUAAUUCUUCGUCCGCCUAUUAUUUUGCUCCACAACGAGGGUCACGCUUCUCAGGCGGACGUGCUCAUAGUUUCCGUUUAUGGCGCAUAUCAUGUGCUAGAAGAUGUUCCCUCAAGGCGAAUAAUUUAGAACAUCACAAAAGUCAUUUUGUGAAUUUAGAGAAACCUUUUUGUUCAAGUGCAGACCAUAAUUCAUCAAAGUUCAUAUACAAUCAUCCCAGAAGAAGUGAUAUGAGAAUCCAGGCAGCAUCUUCUGGGUCUCUAAAUCACGAACUUAUCAUGCAAACUUCUGAAAAUGAGUUUGAAGUUAGUUCAUAUAAUGCUGAGAAUUUGCAGCAUAUCCCCAAAUAUGAAAACAAAUUCCUUAUUUUUGUACGCCUGGGUUCAGUCAUCAAUAAAGCUGCUGAAUCUUUUUUCAAGAGCGAGAUAAGGAGGAGGUUAUUUAUUACUGCUGCAUUACUUGUGAUUAGUCGAGUAGGAUAUUUCAUUCCUCUUCCUGGGUUUGAUAGAAGGUUGGUACCAGAGAACUACCUUAGCUUCGUCUCAGGGUCAGUUGAGGAGCUUGGUGAGCUUGCACCUGAACUUAAGCUUUCCCUCUUCCAACUUGGAAUCAGUCCCCAAAUUGGUGCAUCAAUUGUUAUGCAGGUACUUUGCUAUGUUGUUCCUUCCUUGGUCAAGCUGCGGAAAGAAGGCUUGGAUGCUAACGAGAAAAUAAAGAGUUAUAUAUGGUGGAUGUCACUUGGCUUUGCAAUUUUAGAGGCACUGAUCAUUUCUUAUUUUUCACUUUCAUAUUCAAUUUAUGCAGCAAAUGCUAGUCAAAGGGUGAAGCAUGUCAUGUUGACAACAAUGUUGUUGGUCUGUGGAGCAAUGACGACGACAUGGAUUUGCGAUAAAAUAUCAGACUCUGGUUUUGGUCAUGGAUCAUCUUUGCUGAUAUGUGUGAAUAUCUUGACUGGCUACAUAGAGACAUUACACAAAAUGUUAUCUCAGCUUUCAGGAAGUGCUGUCGGAUGGGGGCCUUAUAUAUUUGCGGUGUCCGGUGUCUUCAUUGUUGUUACCAUGUGGGCAGUUAUUGUAACCCAGGGUUGCAGAAAAAUCAAGCUACAAUACUAUGGCUUUAAACUUGCGUCUUCUACAAGAGAAGGCUCCCCAGUGACGGAGGUCGAGCAAUAUAUCCCGUUCAAUAUUAAUCCAUCUGGAAUGCAGCCUGUCCUCACUACCAGCUAUCUAUUGGGUUUUCCUGCUAUUGUGGCAAGCUUUUUUAGUUCACGAUUUUGGAAUAAUGUGAGGGAGAUUCUAAAUCCGGAAUCAUCUCUUGGAGCUGCGCCAUGGGUCUACUAUACAAUCUAUGCAUUCUUCGUGUUCCUUUUCAACAUAUUUGAUAUCGCCAACAUGCCAAAGGAAAUUGCCGAGUAUUUAAAUAAAAUGGGUGCCAGGAUACCAAAUAUAAAGCCCGGAAAGGCCACCGUUGAAUAUUUGGCAAAGAUUCAAGCUUCAACCCGUUUUUGGGGUGGUUUGUUGUUGAGCAUAUUGGCGACAUCGUCUACAAUUCUCGAUCAUUAUUUGCGAAAAACGAAUGAAGGAUUUUCUAUUGGAUUUACAUCCGUUCUCAUCAUCGUGGGUUCGAUCAUUGAACUAAGAAGAUCGUAUCAAGCAUACAACGUAAUGCCAAGUUUAAGCAAAGCUUUAAAACGUUAUGGCGUAUGAAGGUAGAAAAAUCCGGACCCUUGAUUCAACCGUUAGCUGGAAAACCGUACGAAAAGAUUCCGGCAUGGUGGAUGAGAUGCAACGAACUAAAGAAACAAGAAGACAUUAGCGUUGGCCGCAAUCAAGAUUUUGUAUACGAAUGCCGUUUCUCGGGUCCCAUGUUGCUGUUGUAUGUGAUAUGCGGGAACCAAAAGCUGUGGCCAUUGAACGAGUUACCGUGAAAAUUAUUGUUUUGAGGGAAGGUUUAAAUCUGAAUUGUGUAGAAAUGAGUUGUGGUUUAUGGACAUUUUGAAUCUAGGAUAGUGUUUACAAGGGGUAGAAAAUGUGUUAAGUUCUGUAACAAGGUUAGUGCAGCUUAAAAAGUGUCAACAAUGGUACCAAAGAUGAUUUAUAUAUUUCAGUUUU